AUGCGGACUUUGUUCGGAUUCCUUGGAACCAUAGAGGAGAUGAAGUUGUUUCCACCUGAUGACUCUCCCUUGCCUGUGACUUCACGUGUCUGUUUUGUAAAAUUCCAUGAGCCUGAGUCGGUAGGAGUGUCUCAGCACCUGACGAACACCGUCUUUGUGGACAGAGCCUUGAUCGUGGUCCCAUUUGCUGAAGGAGUCAUUCCUGAUGAAUCUAAAGCUAUGUCGCUGCUGGCUCCAGCCAACGCUGUGGCGGGAAUGAUGCCCGGGGGCGGUCUUCUUCCAACUCCGAAUCCUCUGCCAUCAAUGGGAGCCACACCAUUCGGAGGUCUUGGGGCUCCUAACAUAGAUCAAAUUACUGCAAUGGGACUUCAAGGACCCAACAUGAACCCGCAGGCUAUUUCUGCCGACUUCCUGAAGCUCAUGCAGUCCAUAGACCCAAAACUGAAUCCACUAGUCGCUGGACUUAACUUGAAUCCAGGUCUGAAGGCAGACGCCUCCAACAAGGAGAUCGAAGAGGCCAUGAAGCGCGUGCGAGAAGCGCAGUCUCUGAUUUCUGCUGCCAUCGAACCUGGUAAAAAAGACGACAAACGCAAACAUUCCCGCUCCCGCUCGCGGUCCCGCAGGAGGCGCUCCAGGUCCCGCUCCAGGCACAGACGCUCCAAGAGCCGGUCUCGGCGUAGAUCCCAUUCCAGGAGCAGGAGGAGGUCCAAGAGUCCCCGCCGGAGGAGGACCCGGUCCCGGGACAGAGGCCGGCGCAGCAGAUCCCGGGACAAGAGAAAGGAGGAAAAGGCUAAGAAGAGAGACAAGACGCCCCCUAAGAGCUACAGCAGUUCCAGGAGAUCCCGCAGCAUCACUCGGAGGCACAGGAAAAGUCGCACCGCCUCCCGGUCCCCCAAGAGAAAGCCCUCCAGGUCUCCCUCCCCCAGACGCCAUAAGAAGGAAAAGAAGAAGGACAAGGAGAGGGAGAAGGAGCGGGACAGGGACAGGAGGGAGGAGCGGGACAGAGACCGGGACCGCAGCCGAGAUCAACGAGAACGCUCCCCCAGCAAGAAAAAGAAGAGCAAAGACAAAGACAAGGAGCGGGAGCGAGAGCGCGAGCGCAAGUCCGACAGCGAGAAAGGUGACGUUAAGGUGACGCGGGACUACGAUGAGGAGGAGCAAGGUUACGACAGCGAAAAGGGAGAAGAGGAGGACGAGGAGGAGAGGAAGAGCGACUCGGACUCCGUCUCCUCCCCAAAAGGCCAGGAAGAGAUGGAAAGAGACGAGGCUCAAAUCCCCAAAAAGUCCAAACUGAACGGAGACGAUCACCACCAGGAGGACAUGGAGAUGAGCGACUGA